UGUCAGCGGUACUGUCAAAUUGAUCUGAUUGGUGAUGUGUACUAGCUGCUUAAACACUUACUAAAUUUCCAAUAAUUACUCUGAAAUUCUCGAAACGAAGCACUGUGCAUUUAUAAAUAGGACGAGAUGAACUACAAUCCAAAUGCCGGGAUCCGGAAUCGUAAGUUGGACACCUCUCAAGGUCCAUCCCGCAAGCCAAAACGUGUGAGUGAUGUAAACGCCAUGGGACCAACGGCUCCAAUGAACGCACCGCUGCCUUAUAUGCAGCCAACAGUUGGAGCACCAUUACCUGAUCACACGACUGGAGUAUCUGUAGGCUAUGGCAUGGCACCACAACAAACAGCCACCAACAUUGGUGGAUUCAACACUGGACCAGCGCCAGUGCAAAAUCAAAAUUACAGCUAUGCUGCGCCACCAACUUCGCAGCCAACAACAUUUGCCGCAGCGCCUGCUGCUCAGCCACAAUAUGGUGGAAAUAUGCCAAUGGGCGGUCCAGGAGGCAUGGGAGCAGCAUCAGGUGCACAAGGUCAAUUUCAAGCAGGCGUACCACAAUUCGCUAUGUUCCAGCAACCGAUUGUGCAAGAUAUGGCUAUGCAAUAUGGUCAGCGUUUGGCUGAUCAAGGCAAGCAGCUGGUGGAGAAUCAAUUUGAGAAGUGGGUAUCAGUUGCCAAAUUGAAAUAUUAUUUCGCUGUGGACAACAAAUAUGUAAUAAAUAAAUUGCGUUUACUGCUCUUCCCAUUCACACAUAAGGACUGGUCACUGAAGUAUGAUCAAGAGAACCCUGUACAGCCUCGCUAUGACAUUAAUGCACCAGACCUCUACAUACCUGCAAUGGCCUACAUCACGUAUGUGGUGGUGGCCGGUCUCAUGUUAGGCUUGCAGAAUCGUUUUUCACCCGAACAACUCGGCAUACAAGCGUCCAGUGCUUUGGCUUACUGUAUCUUCGAAUUGGUUGUCUAUUCGAUCACAUUGUAUGUGGUUAACAUAAAAACAAGUCUGAAAACGCUGGAUUUACUCUCGUUCGCCGGUUACAAAUUUGUCAUAAUCGUAACAUGUCUGUUGGUUAGCACACUUUUCCAUGGCGUUGGCUACUACGUGGCACUGCUUUACACAAGCCUUACGCUGGGUUUCUUUCUGUUACGCACAUUAAAGACUAAAGUGCUGCACGAUGCUACACCGACAGUCAACAGCGGCGCUAUCAACUAUGACCCAUACGGCAAUCCACAGCAACUCGACUACACUGGCGGUCGAAAACGAAAGUUAUAUUUCCUCUUUCUCAUUGUGGGCGGCCAAGCAUUCUUAUCAUUUUUAUUAUCGAAGCACUUGUACUUUCCGGACGCUGCGGUACUAGCCGUUAGAAAUGAACAAUUUUAAUGCCUCAUCGUGCUUAUUUUGGUAUGACCAGUGUGCGUACUUUUAUUUCGGUUAGUGUUUUUGUUGUAAGCUGCUUUAAAGAAGUAAAACUAUGAAUUGUCGCCUGAAGGUUAUGCAUAACUAAAAAAAAAAUAUUGUAAUUUUAUUAACGAAAUUAACCUUAAGUUGCCUGAAGUGAAAGUAA